AUGAGUGGAUUUAAUCAACGUGAACCUCUUCAAGAAUGCUCUUCGAGUGAGAGACAGAACAGGACUAGAGGAGGUAGAGACAACGAUGAGCGUUCGUUGAAUAACGAACAACCUGCCGGUAAAUAACUGCGACUCCUCGACUUUUUGUUUCCGCAUCCUAUUAGUCCCACGUUUGUUUCAGUAUUCCGCACUCCUCAGGGCGGAAAUGGUCAUCAGCCACAGCGUCUUAACGAACAUCAUUCCUUCCAAUAUCCACGACUUACCAUGCUUUCCGAUGAGUACCACUACAAUCCGACGUAUACUCCCGUGCCGAUUAGUGAGUUUUCAUUCCUUUUGUUCUAGUACUGUAAACAUAACAAAUUUUAGCGUACCAAAACAGGAUUCCCAAUGGAAAUGGUAUUCAACAUGGUGAUGGUACAAACAAUGGAUAUCGAGAGUUGCAUGGUGAGUUCUAAGUAGGUACUUUCUUCCCUAGGUUGGUUGGUAACCGAGCAAAAAGACUGGGAACAAAAAAAGUGUAACGUCAAUUUCUAUAAGUUUUCAUGAAACUUUCAUUCAGGAGACCACAACCAGCAUGGAAUCGUAAACCUGACGAACUUUGUGGACAGAGAGCUUCGAGGUAAGCACUCGAGUAUUGAUGUUUUUCAGUGCUUUUUUUCUAUGUAUAACACUUUUUGCAGAGACCACUAAUUCUGAAUGGUGUUUCUCUACUUCUCUUCCGUCUCUUCCCAUCUCGAAUGGUCGUUACGAAGAUUAUCAACCACAAGUGGUAAAUUCGAAAGUAAAUCAGCAAGAGAAACAAGAAGAGAGGUACAGAGAUACAAAUACAUUUUAAAUUGACUUAAAGUUUGUUCUGCAGACAAGCGGAAGUGCUGGUGGACAAUCCCGUGUGCAAUGUGCGCAUCUCGACCUGGGAGUGCGUCGAAGGGGAUUUGCAAGAUUGCAUCCAAGAGUGCGGAUUCGGAUAUCCGACGCCGAUUCAGUGCGCGGCAAUUCCGCACAUCUGCCACAGAUGUGACGUCAUGGUGCAUGCGCCGGCGGGAGAAGGAAAGACGAUCGGUGCACUAAUUGCUAUUCUCCAACGCGUGAAGAAGUACAAAGAAAAUGUGAACUUCCAAAACGUUGCCAUCAAUCCGAUCGCUCUGAUCCUGCUGCCAACAAAUGAGCUUGCUCAACACACCUUCGACCAGCUCCGGUCUCUGUCCCGGAUGAUGGCCAUCACCUCUCACAUCGAGACCGGCGAGGACUCGGAAGCCACGUUAGAUACUAUCUUCAACAAUUGCGAUAUUCUCGUCGGGACGUGUGAGAGAAUACUGGAACUGAUGAACAGAGAGCUUCUCGUGUUCGAUCAUCUCGACGUGUUGAUGAUCGAUAGCGCAAGCUUGAUGUUUCCCCGGUAUGGAAGGGAGGAGCCGACGAUCAAGCAAAUCACGGGCUCCUACAAGUUUCUAAAGGCUUUCGAUGGAGUACAAGUGAUCAUCAUCACAAGAAGAAUUUUCAAAAAACUGACCAAAUUUGCCGACAAGAUCAUGAAGCCGAUGAAAGGAGAAAUCCAUGCUAUGUAUGUGCAUUAUGGAAUACGAGAAGAAAUUCCAAGAGUGUCAUUCGAUCACCCCCUUUGGUCACAUUCUGGGGGCGAGAUGAACAAGAUGGAAACGUUCGCGAACACUCUGGACAUCUGUAAGUUGACUUCAAUUCAAUAAAUGGCGAAAACAGAAUUUCCUUUCAGACGAUAUGAACAAGUUUUAUCUCGGAGAACUCGAGCAAGCGAUCGUCUUCACCAACUCGGAGAUGAAGAUGUUAGAACUUCAGAACUAUCUGCAAUUCUCCACAACGGUCGUCGUGGUCAGGUUAGAAAUAUAUAUGUGCUGCUUUCUUAAUCAUAUUCCUGUUUUUAGUGAAUUGAAUUCGAUGAACCAGAACAAAGAAAUAAUACGGUUAUUCGAAGAAGGAACGUAUCGGAUCAUCAUUACAACAGACAAAGCCUCGGUAGGCGUGGAGAUGCCGGUUGCUCCGAAAGUUGUCCACUUCGAUCUGCCAGACGGCAAUGCAGUCGUAGCCAUGGAAACAUUUAAAUGGAGAUGCAAAUUCGCAAAGAAAGAAGUUUCAACGAUCACUAGUCGUUACGGAAAAGAAGAAACCGUUAAUUAUCGGCUCGUCUUCUUCAUUUGUAAAUGGAUUGAAUCGGAACCGUACGAACAGUUACCAACUCCGGAAGCUAUCACAAAGAGACUUAAAUGUAUGCAACAGCGGGCAGUGACAUGUGUGAAAAUGACAAAGCUGGCCUUAGGUUUGUUUACCUCCAUUGAACUUUUCAAACACAUGUGUUUCAGAAAAAGCACGAACCGCAGAAAUCCGACGCCUCGAAGCCGAUAUGCCAGAGGAAGAACGUGAGUGUGAAGUGAGAGUUAUACGUCUGACUGAUAUCAUAAUUUUAGAAGAAUGGGAGUGA